AUGCUAGCUGCCAAACUGACAACGUUAUUGAAUAAUUAUCUGACUGCCAACCAGAUAAAACAAAUCCAUGCAUGCAUCAUCAUCAAUGGUCUUCCCAACCUGGAGUCUCUGGUUAUCCGUCAAACCCUCCUGUCUGCUAGCAAUUACUCUAGAAGAAUUGCUCAAUACAUCCAUAAUAUCCUUUACCAUUUGCGACAUCCAGAUCCACUCCCAUGGGGUUGCACAAUUAGACAUUUCUCUCAGCAAGGCCAAUUCAAGGUAGCCUUACAUCUUUAUGUGCAGAUGCAGAGACAAGGAUUGUGUCCAAGCACAUUUGCUGUAUCCUCUGCUUUAAGGGCGUAUGCUAGGACCACAUACAAGAUGGGUGGACUAUUGAUCCAUGCUCAAAGUUAUAAAUAUGGAUUCUCUAGCUGUGUUUAUGUUCAAACAGCACUUGUGGAUUUAUAUUCAAAACUGGGUGAUAUGAACACUGCACAGAAGGUUUUUGAUGAGCUGUUGGAGAAGAAUGUAGUCUCAUGGAAUUCAAUUUUAUCUGGGCAUCUGAAAUCUGGGAAUCUACUAGAGGCUCGGAAGGUGUUUGACCAGAUUCCAAGGAAAGAUGUCAUAUCCUGGAAUUCAAUGAUAUCAGGGUAUGCAAAAACAGGGCACAUGGACCGCGCAUAUGUUUUGUUUCAACAGAUGCCAGAGAAAAACUAUUCUUCUUGGAAUGCAUUGAUUAGUGGAUUUGUUGAUUGUGGGAACAUAGAAUCAGCACAGAGAUUCUUUGAUGCAAUGCCCCGAAGAAAUAGUGUUUCCUGGCUCACAAUGAUUGCUGGGUACUCAAAAUGUGGAGAUGUUGACUCUGCUAGCAAACUGUUUGAUCAGAUAGCUAAGAAAGAUCUGCUCACGUUUAAUGCCAUGAUAUCUUGCUUUGCUCAGAAUAGCCAACCUAAGAAGGCCCUUCAGCUGUUUAGCAAGAUGGUUAAAGCUUAUGCAAAUAUUCAGCCAGAUCAGAUGACUUUGGUAAGUGUUGUGUCGGCUUGUUCACAAUUGGGGGACUGGAGAUUUGUGUCAUGGAUAGAGUCAUAUAUAAAUGAUCUUGGAACUGAUAUUGAUGAUCGGUUGCUUACUGCUUUACUUGACCUAUAUGCAAAAUGUGGGAGUGUUGACAAGGCAUAUGAGCUAUUUCAUGGUCUAAACAAGAAGGAUGUGGUUGCUUAUAGUGCAAUGAUCUCGGGAUGUGGCAUGAAUGGCAAGGUUGCUGAUGCCAUCAAUUUGUUUGAAAUGAUGGUGGAUGCCCAAAUUCAUCCGAAUUUAGCCACCUUUGCAGGGAUAUUAACUGCAUGUAACCAUGCUGGUCUUGUUGAAGAGGGCUAUCGAUUCUUUAGUUCCAUGAAGGAACAUGACCUUGUACCUUCAAUUGAUCAUUAUGCAAUCAUGGUCGAUCUUUUAGGGAGAGCUGGAAGAUUACAAGAGGCAUAUGAACUGAUAAAGACUCAGCAUUGUUUUGAUUUGGAGCCUAAUGCAACUGCUUAUUAUUCUCUUCUUGCCAACAUUUAUUCCUCUGUUGGUAGGUGGGAUGAUGUCAGGAGAUUGAGAAACUUGUGGAAAGAGAAGAAACUGUCCAAGCUAUCAGGAAAGUUGGUCGAGUCUGAGUUUGGAGAGAUUGCAGCUCAGCAUUGUUUUGAUUUGGAGCCUAAUGCAACUGCUUAUUAUUCUCUUCUUGCCAACAUUUAUUCCUCUGUUGGAAGGUGGGAUGAUGUCAGAUUGAGAAAGUUGUGGAAAGAGAAGAAACGAUCCAAGUUAUCAGGGUAUAGUUGGAUAGAAUCAACUUGA